AUGGCCAAAACCCUAACCCUAACCCUAACCCUCCUCUCCACCCUCCUCCUCCUCUCCACCACCACCACCGCCACUGACCCAGAACUCACCACCGACUUUUCCAUCCCCGAUGGCGCCGACGAGUCCAAACUCGACGGCGUCUUCUUCACCUACACCGGUCUCCGUGGCGGUGCCCCCGCCACCACCAGCGGCCUCGGCCGCAAAUCAGUCUCUGUCAAAGACUUCCCCGCCCUAAACGGCAUGGGAGUCUCACUCGAACUCCUCGAGUUCGCUCCCAACUCCGUCAACGUCCCCCACACCCACCCCCGGGGUGGCGAGAUAAUCUUCGUCGUCGACGGGUCCCUCACUGUUGGCACUGUUGACAGCAACGGGAAGCUCUACAAAAACGUGCUUCAAAAGGGUGACGUGUUCGUGUUCCCGAAGGGUUUGCCUCAUUAUCAGGCGAACUUUGAUAAGGCGAAUAAGGCGGUGGUUGUGUCGGCUUUUGGAAGCGUUAAUGCGGGCACGGUGGCGCUGCCGAAGAACUUGUUUGGGUCGAGUAUUCCGGAUGAAGUGCUUACUAAGGCUUUUAAGAUAUCUGCUGACACUGUUCAGCAGCUUAGGGCUGGCCAGAACUGA